CCAAGAAAUUAUAAUUAGAUGGCACUCUGGUUUUCAUACAUGAAAUAUACGAGGAAUAGUUUAGCAAUAAAAAUAUUUGAAUCAUUCAUCUGUAUAACGAUUACAUAAUGUACAUAAUUUCAGAAAUAUUGAACAUGAUAAUAUGUCAGUGGCAUAAUUAUGAAGAGCAGUGAAAAGGUGGAUUUCAGUAGUUUCUUGAGAGUCAAUCUACAGGCCAAAAAUGGAGAGACGGAAUAUUGCUGCGAUCUUGUUCCUUGCUUUCGGAGUCAUCGGGGUUUAUUCGCGCUCUCAAUUUGUUGAUGAUUCGGGCGACUCGACCAUUGCCAGAGCAUGGUAUCAAUUGGGACCGGAACUCAAAUCUUUCUACGAGAACCCAAACAGAUCAUUUGUUUCACUGGCACCAGAAACAAAAGAAUUAGCGAAACAAUUCAACGAUAUUGUCCGCGAAUUGAUGAAAAACGAUCCGAACAUCAGCUACGAAACCGCCGCUCUGCGUACAAGAAAUGCAAAUCCUUAUUUAUACAAACAAAUAGUGGAUUUGAAUGGAUUUUCUAGCGCUUCGUUCUUGCGAUUAUAUGGAGAAUCGAACAGUUCUAGAGAUUUGGGCAGUGUUGCCAGAGCUUGGUAUCAAUUGGGACCGGAACUCAAAUCUUUCUACGAGAACCCAAACAGAUCAAUUGCUUCACUGGCACCAGAAAUAAAAGAAUUAGCGAAACAAUUCAACGAUAUUGUCCGCGAAUUGAUGAAAAACGAUCCGAACAUCAGCUACGAAACCGCCGCUCUGCGUACAAGAAACGCAAAUCUUGAUUUAUACAAACAAAUACUGAAUGCAAAUGGAUUUCAUGGUUCUGGAUUCUUGCCCGGAUCUGAGCCGAAUAAGAAAAAUAAUUAAUGCGACUCGUGCAAGAAAAAUAUUACAUAAACAUAAUUUACACACACACAAACACACAUAUUUACCGUGGUGUGUUGUGAUUCGCUCGAGAGCCGUAUGAGAAGUUUUUAUGUAAAACAUUUGCAAAUAAAAAACACAUUAUGCAUCAUCAUUUGAAAAA